GUUUUUUGUUAGCCAGCACCAUGCGUCUUCCCAUCCUCUUUGUUCUUCUAGGUUCCGCACUAGCGGUCCCGAGAAAUCCCAGUCGUAUCGUCGGAGGUACAGAAACUACCGUCGAGGAGUACCCGUAUAUGGUGAACAUGCAAUACUCAUCGUCAGGCAUGUUUUUUUGGAAUCAAAGAUGCGGUGGCUCUCUCCUAACCUCAACUGCGGUGCUUUCUGCAGCACAUUGCUUCUAUGAAGACAGUGAUUGGCAAUGGCGUGUAGUUCUUGGCACCUCGUUCAGAAACGGUGUAGGUGGCUCCAUCCACACCAUUCAACGAGUGAUCAUGCAUCCGCAAUACAUACACAAGAUCUUGAACAAUGACGUUGCCAUCGUCCGCUUCAGCGCGCCAGCUGUUUUCUCUAACACUGUCCAACAAGCGAGGAUUCCUGGGACUCAGUACAACCUGGCUGAUGGUUCUCUAGUAACACACAUAGGCUGGGGCCGACAAUGGACUAACGGUCCACUAUCGGAGCAGCUGUUGCAUGUCCAUGUUAACGUCAUCAACCAGGAGGUGUGUGCUGCUCGUUAUGCCUAUCUCAAGACUCAGCCUCGUUAUGAGGAAUGGCCAGACAUUAACGAAGGCAUGUUGUGCUCGGGGAUACUGGACGUGGGGGGCAAGGACGCCUGUCAGGGAGACUCUGGUGGUCCCCUAGCUCAUCAUGGAGACAUUAUCGUAGGAGUAACGUCUUGGGGAUUUAACUGCGCAGAUCCAUUCUACCCUGGAGUCAGUGCACGAGUUACGCAAUAUACCGACUGGAUUGUGGCUAACACAAAAUAAAUAUGAUAUUUUUAUUAAGAACCUUUUA